CCUAAGAGGCAGUCUUAACUCAAAAUAAGAGGGUGUUUUGUAACUGUCUGUCUGGCCCGCGGACUCCUCCUCCACCUAACUGUCAGUAGCAACGUUCUGCUUGAGUCCCGUUUGCCUUGUGCUAGCAAAUACUGUAGCAGAUUUUUUUUUGUGAAAGUGUUACGAAGAGCCAACAAAGGGGUUGGCUCUUUAUACCCCGUCCUGUCUACCACUAAAUUGUUGUUCGGAAAUGUAUAGGGCUGCUGGUUGCAAUUAGCCAAGUUAUCGUUCCAUUUGAGAGAGGUUACAUUUGACAGCUCGCCACCUGGGAUAGGGAGCUUUGCCUCUGCCUUACCCAUGAUGGCGACCCAAGAAGCGGACAUGUCGCGGCGCAGUAUGAGGCUGGUUUUAGGGGGAUACUACCACCAGUCAUCAGACGAUGAUGAGUCCUCCUCAGUUUCCUACAGGGAGAGCCCCGUGAGGGUUUUUACUAAGAGAAAGACAGGUGGUCGUAAAGUGGCGGCCUCUCGUACCUCCAGCCGGGCUAACAGCGUGGCUAGCACCGCUAGCAGCAAGGGUAGUACAGUGGAGCCACCCAUCAAUGCUGAGGACUACAUUGGCGUCUCAAGCUUGGUUCAGAGAAGGAAGACCUUCCAGGAACCUCUUGCCCCAGCCCCCAGCCUGAACCUGGCUCCCAGCCCCAGGGGCUUCUCGUCCUGCCAGACCGGCCUGAACCAGGCCCAGAGCCAGAGCAGCGCCAUGGACAGCUCUGGAUACUCCUCUUCAGAGGCAAGACGUUACAGAGGAUACUCUGGAGACUCCUCUUUAGGCGAACAAAGGGCUAGCGCCAGCCAGAGAUCUGGCACUAAAAGGACAAGUGCUCGUGCCAAUUGGACCCCUCCGUUUAUCCCGGCCGAUGUGGGGAAGGCCAUUCUAAUUGCCAUCCUCCUCAUCCUAUUGACCUUCGGCUGCUGGCUCCUUGCCCCCUUGGUAUGGGCCACUCUGACUUCAGCCCUGAAUGCUAUCACUAUGACCCUGAACCGACCUGUCAUCACCCCAACUCCGCCACCUGUCUUCACUACGCCACCUGUCAAGGCUAUGGAUGGAGCUUCGGUAUUGCAUUCUGCUCUGGAAGCCAAGAUGAACACCAUCCUGAGAGAAAUUGAAAUUCUUAAGAAGAAGGAACACCAGCAGAAAUUUGUAACUGAGAUGGUAGAGAGACUGCAGACAGACUUGGCAGACGUGAGAACAGACAUGAGGGACGUGAGAGUGAGAGUGGACAGUGUGAAUCCACUGGAUUGGGAGCAUCGUUUGAGCGAGCAGACAGCCGGCUUCAUCAGUCAGGUGGGCGAGCUGAAGGACCAACACACACACGUCAAGCAGCGAGUCGCUGCCCUGGAGGACCAGAGUGCCACGCUGGGGAAGCAGGUCUACUCUGUUCAGAACCAGCCUCCUCCAGCUCCCAACCCCACCACACACCUGACCCCUGAGCUCGAAGAGGCCAUGGCCAAAUGGCUGCAUGAGAAUGUGCCCCAGAAUGAGCCACGGAUGGUGAAAGAGGUUGUGAAGAACUGCAGUCCCCUAUUGGCUGACAGGAUGCCAGACUUUGCCUUGGAGUCCCAAGGUGCCAGUGUUGUGAGCACACGGUGUUCCGAGACGUACCGUACCCGCUCGGCAUGCGUGUCCUUCCUGGGUGUACCCCUCUGGUACCCCUCUGAGAACCCCCGCACUGUUAUCCAGGGUCAGGCGGUGCAAGCUGGGAAGUGCUGGGCGUUCUACGGAGCGCAGGGCACCCUGGUCAUCGCCCUAUCUCAUCCUGCCCACAUCACCCAUGUCACACUGGAGCACCUCCCGGUCUCCAACGCGCCCACCGGACGCAUCGACAGCGCGCCCAAGGCCUUCUCUGUCUACGGUAUGUCCACUGAGACAGAAGACGGCACCUGGCUGGGAACCUUCACUUAUGACCAGCACGGAGGGGCAAUCCAGACCUUCCAACUGCCUAAUCCUACCAGGGCCAUCUAUUAUUUUGUGGAGCUGCGCGUUCUGAGUAACUGGGGUCACCUGGAGUACACAUGCGUGUACCGCUUCCGUGUGCACGGACACAUGGCCUCCUCCUCCAAGUGAGAGACGUUCAUCGUCCACCUCAACCGCAGACCUCCGAGGCUUCGCUUUCAUAUCAGAGCAACGUUCUUUUUGCAUCUCAACAUUAUGACGGAUCAUUCUAAAUAAAUUUCUUUAUUUGGCGUAAUCAGGAUGGCUUCCUAAACUGGCUUCUGCCGGGUGUGAGGUCAGAGGUCUGCAAGGUUUUGUUACAAUUUGCAGUUUCAUUUCUGGCAGAGGUAUUGACCUGGCUAAUAGGAGUGUGGGGAUAGGUUUUUGAGAGUUUCAAAUUGAAGUGUGUGUGUGUGUGUGUGUGUGUGUGUGUGUGUGUGCUUUUGAGCAUCGAUUAUUUGUUUGCAUUUUAACGCCCGGCCACAGCGGACAAAGAUUUCAGAUUGUACUUUGAAUGUGUGUUUGUGACAAUCCCUCCUGGGUUGCUGGGCUCUUAUUUUGUUUAAUUUCAUCUGUCUUAAAAUGAUAUACAAAGGUUUAAUUAUGGUUAAAAAGAACGUUGUUGGAUGUAUAUAUUGCAAGAAUCAAGAUGUAUUGUUCAUUAUUUUAUUAAUCCGAUAAGAAUAGGAUGUAAUAUGUUUGUAAAUGAUUUUUCCGUUGGCCUGAAUGGUUAAGUCUCGACCCACCUUGCCAAUAGGCUUCCUAUUACAGGAUGAACUAUAUGAUUGUAGAUGCUUUCUACUUUGCAUUUGGUAAUGCACUGGUGUUUCAAUGUCCUUUAUAAUAAUAGAGACUAGAGAGAAAUAGACAGGAGCGCACUGGUGUUUCAAUGUCCUUUAUAAUAAUAGAGACUAGAGAGAAAUAGACAGGAGCGCACUGGUGUUUCAAUGUCCUUUAUAAUAAUAGAGACUAGAGAGAAAUAGACAGGAGCGCACUGGUGUUUCAAUGUCCUUUAUAAUAAUAGAGACUAGAGAGAAAUAGACAGGAGCGCACUGGUGUUUCAAUGUCCUUUAUAAUAAUAGAGACUAGAGAGAAAUAUACAGGAGCGCACUGGUGUUUCAAUGUCCUUUAUAAUAAUAGAGACUAGAGAGAAAUGGACAGGAGCACACUGGUGUUUCAAUGUCCUUUAUAAUAAUAGAGACUAGAGAGAAAUAUACAGGAGCGCACUGGUGUUUCAAUGUCCUUUAUAAUAAUAGAGACUAGAGAGAAAUGGACAGGAGCACACUGGUGUUUCAAUGUCCUUUAUAAUAAUAGAGACUAGAGAGAAAUAGACAGGAGCACACUGAGGUUGCAACGUAUUAUCUUUCACAUUUUCAUGGUAUCUAAUUGGUAGUUACCGUCUUGUCUCAUCGCUGCAUCUCCCGUAUGGGCGAGGGUCGAGAGCCGCGCGUCUUCUGAAACACAACCAAGCCGCACUGCUUCUUGACACAAUGCCCACUAAACCCGGAAGCCAGCCGCACCAAUGUGUCGGAGGAAACGCCAUACACCUGGUGACCGUGUCAGCGCGCACUGCGCCUGGCCCGCGACAGGAGUCGCUAGUGCGCGAUGGGACAAGGACAUCCCUGCCGGCCAAACCCUUCCCUAAUCCGGAUGACGCUGGGCCAAUUGUGUUCCGCUCCAUGGGUCUUCCCUUCUUCUUCCCCCCUUCUUUGUUUUUUGUUUUUAAAUGACGAAACAAGUAGUUAAUUGAUUAUUAAAGUUUUCAGACCAACUAAAAAAUAACCAUGCCUAAAAAUAAAUAAAUACCAGCUGCGACAGAGCCUGGACUCUAACCUAGAAUCUCUAGUGGCACAGCUAGCACUGCAAUGCAGUGCCUUAGACCACUGUGCCACUCGGGAGGCCUGGAACAUAUUGUCUGAAUUCAAAAAUACAGCUUAGUUUACAUGACUUGCAGCAUUUAUUUAGUCUUUUUACCAAUUUUGAUCAGUUUAAUAGUAAAUACAUAAUUGCUCUUACCGAUUUUACUGCAAUACUUGAAUAACUUUCACCUCAAAGCAAUGAGUCCAUUGCAAUGAUGUCUAAAUGUCAGGCUUUUCUACUUCUAAACAUUUGUAAAUAGCAAAAAAGUAACCUUGUACUUUUUGCUAGUGUUUGAUGAAAAUAAUCAGGAACUUUUUAUUUUAUUUCAUGUUUUAAAUCAUUAUGUUUACAAUUACAGUAUGUGCAGCAGUGGUAGCUAUAGACUAACAAAAGACUGAUCACAAAAAUAACCUAUACAGUAUGAAUGGCUCUCAAUAGCAUUUUAUUUCUGUAUUGUGUUUUUCUGAUGUUACGGCAGUGAAACAUCAUACUUAACGCUCGGUCAAUUUGAACUUUGUCCAACGACAACAGAAUUUAAGUAAAUAAUUUCCCCAUAGGAAUGUAGUUCAAUACCUGAAAUGACUGGCUAUGUAUCCACCUCAUUUUCGAAUGCUUUUAAAACACGGAAGCCAUAUGCGGAAACUAUGGUUACAACAAUAGUCAAAAGUUUGGAGACACCUACUCAUUGAAGGCUUUUUAUUUGUACUAUUUUCUACGUUGUGGAAUAAUAGUGAAGACAUCAAAACUAUGAAAUAACACAUGGAAUCAUAUAGUAACCAAAAAAGUAAUAACCAUAUCAAAAUAUAUUUGAGUUUCUUCAAAGUAGCCACCCUUUGCCUUGAUGACAGCUUUGCACACUCUUGGCAUUCUCUCAACCAGCUUCACCUGGAAUGCUUUUCCAACAGUCUUUUAUAGGAUUUCCCACAUAUGCUGAGCACUUGUUGGCUGCUUUUCCUUCACUCGGGGCGGCAGGUAUUAAUAGUAUUUAAUCUCUCCUCAGACUAAUAUUAUUCUGUUGGUCCUGUGGGUACCUUUGCCACUGUUCCACCCCUUGUGUGUUGCGCUGUCAUGGUGUAUUUGUAUUUAGUGGUUGGAGCAUUGGGCUAGUAACCGAAAGUUGCGCAAUCGAAUCCCCGAGCUGACAAGGUAAAAAUCUGUCAUCCUGCCCACUGUUCCUAGGCCGUUAUUGUAAAUAAGAAUGUGUUCUUAACUGACUUGCCCAGUUAAAUAAAUGUUUUUUUUUAAAACAAGACAAACAUCUCAAUUGGGUUGAGGUCGGGUGAUUGUGGAGGCCAAGUCAUCUGAUGCAGCACUCCAUCACACUCCUUGAUCAAAUAGCCCUUACACAGCCUGAAGGUGUAUUGGGUCAUUUUUCUGUUAAAAAACAAAUGAAUGUCCCACUAAGCGCAAACCAGAUGGGAUGGCGUAUCGCUGCAGAAUGCUGUGGUAGCCAUGCUGGUUAAGUGUGCCUUGAAUUCUAAAUAAAUCACAGAUCUUGUCACCAGUAAAGCACCCCCACACCAUCACACCUCCUCCUCCAUACAGAUCAUACGUUCACCUACUCUGCCUCUCACAAACACACGGCGGUUAGACCCAAAAAUCACACAUUUGGACUCAUCAGACCAAAGGAACAGAUUUACACCGGUCUAAUGUCAAUUGCUUGUGUUUCUUGGCCCAAACAAGUCUCUUCUUAUUGGUGUCCUUUACUAGUGUUUUUUUUUUUUUGCAGCAAUUCGACCAUGAAGGCCUGAUUCACGCAGUCUGCUCUGAACAGUUGAGAUGUGUCUGUUUCUUGAACUCUGUGAAGCAUUUAUUUGGGCUGCAAUUUCGGAGGCUGGUAACUCUAAUGAAAUGAUCCUCUGCAGCAGGUAACUCUGGGUCUUUCCUGUGGCGGUCCUCUUGAGAGCCAGUUUCAUCAUAGCGUUUGAUGGUUUUUGCAACUGCACUGGAAGAAACUUUCAGAGUUCUUUAUGUUCCAUAUUGACUAACCUUCAUGUCUUUAAAGUAAUCAUGGACUGUCGUUUCUCUUUGCUUAUUUGAGCUGUUCUUGCCAUAAUAUGGACUUGGUAUUUUGGCAAAUAGGGCUAUGUUCUGUAUACCAUCCCUACCUGGUCACAACACAACCGAUUGGCUCAAACACAUUAAGAAGGAAAGAAAUUCCACAAAUGAACUUUUACAUUUAACAUUACUUUUAAUGCACACCUGUUAAUUGAAAUGCAUUCCAGGUGACUACCUCAUGAAGCUGGUUGAGAGAAUUCCAAGAGUGUGCAAAGCUGUCAUCAAGGCAAAGGGUGGCUAUUUGAAGAAUCUCAAAUAUAAAAUAUAUUUUGACUUGUUUAACACUGUUUUGGUUACUACAUGAUUCCAUAUGUGUUAUUUCAAAGUUGUGAUGUCUUCACUAUUAUUCUACAGUGUAGAAAGUAGUAACAAUGAAGAAACCCUGGAAUGAGUAGGUGUUUCCAAACUUUUGCCUGGAACAUACAUACAUUUCUAUACUCACUGUAUGACAUAUACUCUGAAAUUGAACGUACACAUUUUUGGGGGUUACUUUUCUGCAAUAGUGCUCUUUGACAGAGUGGCAUUUUGACAGGUACAUGAUCAGAUGUUUAGAAUUGGGACAUACUUUACUUAACCAAGUGUGUGUUAUAUUGGCACGAAAUGGGAUAAAACAUUUUCAAACAGGAAGGUAGUACCUGAAGUUGUUUAAUAAUUCAGAAUUGUUUUGUGUUGCAAAAUUGUUGCUACAUGGAUAAGAGUGUCUGCUAAAUGACUUAAAUGUUAAAUGUAAAACUGAAUACGGCACAGGUGAACAUAAUGCUCAUGAUAUUGGUUUGUAUUUAUUUAACCAUGUGCAUAUCAAACAUAAUUGAAUGAAGGACAUUGUGUUAUUUAUGAGUUUUUCAAAUUCUCAGUGGUAUAUGAUAUUUAUUUGCUAUGGAUCAGGUCAUUGAUAAUGCAUCAAUAUUGUACCAUGUAAUUAAUGUAGGGUAAUGUAAAAUGACUGCAGAAGUCUUCCCUUGGACUGUUAAAUCCAAGUCCAGGCACUCGUGUGGUUUGAAAGUUAAAAAAUUAUUAUUAUUAUUAAAAUUGUAUCGGCUUACUGUGUCUGAUACAAAAUGGAGGAGAUGCAGUUGUAUAGCCUUGACUCACUUUGUAUCAGACACCCUGAUGAAGGCCUAAGCCGAUGCGCAUUAGUGUAUUUUGAUAAUGUUGUAUCCCAUUAAUGAAAGGCUUCCUAAAGUUCAAACCCACCAGGUUCCUUGACUUUGAUUGUUUAUGCCACUCAUCACUUAUUUGAUGUUAUAAUUUUCCCAUAUGCUUUUCAGUUCCUAUUCCCCUCAAAGAGCACCUGUGGUUGUUUUGUAAUACCUGAAGCGCUUCUGCUCUGUUUGUUUUUUAAGGUGUUAUAGACAGAGUGACAAAUAAAACUUCUCAACCCUG